GCCAAAUCCUACUGUCCUAUGGCUGGAAGAAAAGUGUCAGAUGCCAACAAUUUUCUGUCUAUUUGUAUAUUUAUGAUAACCUUAUGGAAUUUCACCCAUGCAUCCAUGGAACAUGGAUUUAUAGCAAACUAUUCAAAGAGUUCCCUGACUAUUGUUCCUAAACAUUUAUCAGCCCAAACAACAGUUCUGGAUUUGUCGGAUAAUAGAAUACAUGAACUAGAAAUCUCUGAUUUUCAUUCUCUUUCCAACUUACAAGUGCUAAUUCUGUCUAAUAAUUCUAUCAGAGAACUUGAUUUCAGUGUUUUUCAGUACAACAAAGUCUUAGAGCAUCUUGAUCUAUCUCACAACAAAUUGUGGAACUUUUCUGGUCUUCCUGUUAAAAGCCUCAAGCAUCUAGAUCUCUCUUACAAUGACUUUAUCACCAUGCCCCUGUCCCCUGAGUUUGGCAGAACGUUAAAGCUGAACUAUUUUGCCCUCAGUAUUAGAAAUAUUUCCAUUGUCAGUGCUCUUACGUAUUUACAAGUGGACACUCUGUUUUUGGACUUAGAAUAUCUUUCUGAAUAUAGCUCUGGAAGCCUUCUAGUGUUCAAUGCAAAGACUGUUCAGAUUGUGGUCCCUCAAAAUGCAAACUUUCACGUUCUCUUGGAUCUGCAGUUCAAUGGUACAGAAAGUUUAGAGCUAUCUAAGAUCCCAUCGGAGCAAGUUGAAGAUUUAGGAACAUUUCUGUCAAAGCUAAACAAAAAAAGUGCAUUGCUAAAUCUAACAGUAACUGAUAUAACAUUAACUUGGAAAAAACUCAUUGAAGUUUUUGAAGCAGUGGGGAGAUCCAGCAUUAAUUACUUGACCAUAUUAUAUCCAUCCCUUACUGAAAUCAAUUAUGAAUAUUUUAAUGGUGCUGAUACCUCAUUAAAGGGUUUAGCCAUCAAAUAUGUACAAGUUUAUACAGUAGAAUUUGACCAGGACAUUGUGUACAGAGCUUUUUCAAACAUGAAUAUUGAAACCUUGACUAUUUCUGAUUCUAGCAUAUUCUAUAUGCGUUGUCCUGCAAGACCCAGUAGAUUUAAGUAUUUAUGUUUUCAAAAUAACACAUUGACUGACACAAUUUUCGAAGAUUGCAAUAACUUAGGUAUGCUAGAAACACUCAUCUUACAAAAGAAUAGGCUUGAUGAUCUUACCAAAGUGAGUUUAAUGACAACAAGCAUGAAGUCUCUGAAUUAUAUGGAUAUAAGUUAUAAUCAUUUGCAAUACAAAGAUAGUGGAAACAAGUGCAACUGGAAUGGAAAUAUAAUUAAACUGAAUUUGUCAUCUAACAAGUUAACGGAAUCUGUUUUUAGAUGUUUACCGAACAAUAUCCAAAUUUUGGACCUACAAAGUAAUCAGAUUUCAACCGUGCCUAGGGAGAUAAUUGACCUGAUUGCUUUAGAGGAGUUAAAUUUGGCUUCUAACAAACUGAAUGCAUUCCCUGGAUGCGGCUAUUUUAGAAACCUUCAAGUACUUAAUGUAGAAAAUAAUUUUGUUCUCGAUCAAUUUUCUGAAUUCUCCCAGACCUGUCAGAAUAUUCAAAGAUUAAAAGGAGGACGUAAUCCCUUCAGGUGCAACUGUGAAUUAAGGCAGCUCAUUAAUCUUCAAAAACAAUCUGUGGAAUUAAUUGGUUGGCCUGAUUUUUAUAAGUGUGAAUAUCCAAGUGACUUACGGGGAACUCUUUUAAAAGACUUUCAUAUUUCUGAACUUGAUUGCAAUGUGACUCUCAUGAUUACAGUAGUUCUAGUUGUUGCUCUUGUCCUAAUGGCCAUUGUUUCCUUCCUCUGCAUCCGCUUUGAUAUUCCCUGGUAUUUCAAGAUGAUCUGGCGUUGGACUCAAGUAAAACAUCGGAUAUGGAAGAAGAAAUCAGAAGAGAUCCUUGAGAACGUCCAGUACCAUGCAUUUAUCUCCUAUAGUGAGCAUGAUUCUGACUGGGUCAAAAAUGAGCUAAUUCCCAAUUUGGAGAAGGAAGACGGGUCCCUAAGGAUCUGCCAACACGAGAGGAACUUCAUUGCAGGCAAGAGUAUUGUUGAGAAUAUCAUUGACUGUAUUGAGCAAAGUUACAAGUCAGUCUUCGUGUUAUCUCCCAAUUUUGUGCAGAGCGAAUGGUGCCAUUACGAGCUGUACUUUGCUCAUCACAAGUUAUUCAAUGAAAAUGGUGAUGGUUUAAUUCUUAUUUUGCUGGAACCAAUACCGGCGUAUAUCAUUCCUGCCAGAUACUACAAACUCAAAGCUCUCAUGGCCAAGAGGACCUACUUGGAGUGGCCAAAAGAGAAGAGGAAGCAUGCAUUUUUCUGGACUAAUCUUAGGACAGCUCUUCAGAUUAAACUGCCAUACAGUGAAGAAAACAGAGCUCUAGGAACUGCAUGGAUGGGGAACGAUUUGCUUCAAAUCUGAUGGCUAUGGUUUUUAUGUUCCCCCGUAUUUUGUGAUUUGCCAUCUUUCACUGGGGAUGAGGUGGCACUCUCCCAGUCCGAGCUGGUGCACACUCUGGGAGUUCUCCUGAGCUCAUGGUUCUUACUUGAAGAGCAGGAGCAGCCAUGGCCAGGAGGGCCUUUGCAUAAAUACAUCUUGUGUGCCACUCGCACCCUUUCCUAGAUUAGGAAGCCCU